AUGUCAGAAAACCAACAAAAUGUUAAGAAAAUAUGGAAUUUCGGAGCUGGUCCUGCCAUGAUUCCACAAAAAGUUUUAGAGAAGGUUCAAUUGGAAUUAUUAAAUUAUAAUAAUACAGGAAUGUCCGUUAUGGAAAUAUCCCAUAGAUCAAAAGAAUUUGAAGACUUAUUAAAUACAGCAAAAAAUAAUUUAAUCAAAUUAUUGAAUAUACCAAAUAAUUAUAGAGUGUUGUUUAUGCAAGGUGGUGGCCAUACACAAUUUUCUGCUAUAGUUUAUAAUUUAUUGGCUGCUAAGAGUCAAAAUGUGUCACAAUCAAGUGUUGACGAGGGAGAAAAAGAAGCAUUUAAUCCACCAUUAGAUUACAUAAUAACUGGUUCUUGGUCAGCCAAAGCUUUUGAAGAGGCUAAAAGAUUAUAUAAUAAUGUUAAUGUAGUGAUUGAUGCUAAAAAAUUUAAUGGAUCUUAUGGAUCUAUUCCAUCAAAAGAACAUUGGAAACUUAGUGGUUCAAAGGCUGCUUAUGUCUAUUAUUGUGAUAACGAGACUGUCAAUGGUGUUGAAUUCAAUCAUGUUCCUGAAGUGGAUCCCGAGGUUCCAUUAGUAUGUGACAUGUCUUCAAAUAUUCUAUCUCGUAAAAUUGAUGUUUCAAAAUUUGGGUUAAUUUAUGCUGGUUCUCAAAAAAAUAUUGGCCCUGCGGGUGUAACUAUUGUGAUAGUUCGUGAAGAUCUUUUGACUAAACCCAAAUCAAUAACAACACAAGAUACCACCAACGUUCCCAUUGUACCAACUAUGCUUGAUUAUAAAACAAUGGCUGAUAAUAAUUCUUUGUAUAACACACCACCUGUUUUUGCUAUUUAUGUAGCAAAUUAUGUAUUUGAAUGGUUAUUAGAAAAUGGUGGGAUUGAUUCCAUUGAAAAAGAAAAUGCUGUCAAAUCAUCAAAACUUUACAACAUGAUAACAAAUUCAAAAAUUUAUCAGUCUCCUGUUGAGAAAUCAGUUAGGUCAAGAAUGAAUAUACCAUUUCGUAUUGAUCCACCUGAAUUAGAAAAUUUUUUUUUGGAUGGUGCAGCUCAAUUGGGGAUGGUUCAAUUGAAAGGUCAUCGUAGUGUUGGUGGUAUUAGAGCAAGUAUUUAUAAUGCAAUGCCUUUACAGGGUGUAGAAAUAUUAAUUGAAUAUAUGAUUGAUUUUGAAAAAAAGAAUUCUAAAUAA